AUGAGUGGAAACAUCAAAGUUGUCGUGCGCUGUCGACCCCUGAACGCUAGAGAGAAGGCAAGAGGUGCGACAUGUCUGAUUCGCAUGGAUGGAAACCAGACCAUCAUUACAAAUAACAAAGCACCCAGCACCAACGCUAUCCAUCAGAAAAAGAAGCACCAGACAAAAGACGAAGACGACAAUGUCAAAGCAUUCACAUUUGAUAGAUCGUAUUGGUCUGCAGAUAAGAAUGAUGACCAGUAUGCAGACCAGGAACUAGUGUACAAUGACCUCGGAAGGGAGCUGUUGGAUCACGCAUUCGAUGGAUACAAUUGCUGUAUUUUUGCAUAUGGACAGACUGGAUCAGGCAAAUCGUAUUCUAUGAUGGGUUACGGAGAAGACAAAGGCAUUAUACCUCGCACAUGCUCCGAACUGUUUGAACGAAUAGCAGAUCUCACUAGCGAUGUUCUCAAAUUCCAAGUGGAAGUCUCCUACAUUGAGAUCUACAACGAAAAGGUACGCGAUCUUUUGAAUCCAGGCAACAAGGGCAACUUGAAGGUGCGAGAACACCCCACCAUUGGACCGUAUGUGGAGGACCUCUCUCGUCUCGUCGUGAAUUCGUUUGAAGAUAUCGAUCAUUUGAUGAGCGAGGGCAACAAGGCCAGAACAGUAGCAGCUACCAACAUGAAUGAAACAUCAUCUCGCUCCCAUGCAGUCUUCACUUUGUUUCUCACAUCCAAUCGAUUUGAGCAAGUUGCUAAUUUGAAUACGGAAAAAGCAGCCCGCAUCAGUUUAGUCGAUCUAGCUGGCAGUGAAAGAGCAAAUAGUACAGGCGCCACAGGCGCCAGACUGAAAGAGGGCGCCAACAUCAACAAGUCCCUGACCACGCUUGGAAAAGUCAUUGCGGCUUUGGCAGAACAGUCAUCGCAGCCCAACCACAAGAAAUCAUCGUCAGCCCAUAUUCCUUAUCGUGAUUCCGUACUGACAUGGCUGCUCAAAGACUCAUUGGGCGGUAACUCAAAGACUGCCAUGAUAGCAGCUAUCUCACCUGCUGACUACGACGAAACGCUCAGUACGUUACGAUAUGCAGAUCAAGCGAAACGCAUCAAGAACAAGGCUGUUGUCAACGAAGAUCCCAACGCCCGACUGAUACGAGAGCUGAAAGAGGAACUGCAGGCACUGCGUGAUACACUGAUGAUCUACGCCCCUGAAGAAGUUGAAAAGAUUACACUGCAAAAGAAGUCGUCGGGCAGAGGAAGCAGUGCAAGUCGAGCCUCGUCUCGUGCAACAACAAGAGCCACAACAGCUUCUCCCAUGUUGCUCAUUUCGCCUGAAUCCCCGCUAGUUAAGCAAAGAGGAAACAGCUUGCUGACCAAGGAACAAGUGAUAGAUCAAUUGCAGUCGUCUGAAAAGCUAUUGUCACAAGUCAAUCAAACAUGGGAAGAAAAGAUGAGUGCCACUGAAGCCAUUCACAAGGAACGUGAGAAGGCAUUGGAGGAACUAGGCGUCAUUGUAGAGAAAAACAACAUUGGCGUGUAUGCACCCAAAUCCAUUCAUUUAAUCAAUCUCAACGAAGACCCGCUCAUGACAGAAUGUUUGAUGUAUCAGAUCAAGCCAGGCAUCACUCGUGUCGGCAGAUUGGGAAGUGCUGUGCCUGCUGACAUUCGCCUUAGUGGCAGUGAGAUUCUAGACGAGCACUGCUAUUUCGAAAAUAUCUCUGUACCAGCAGCAGCAACAGAAGAUGCGCCUUUGCAGCAACAAGACGACGAAGAGGAAGAAGAAAACAUGGCUAGCAGAGUUGUCACUAUUCAUCCCGGUAAAGAAUCAGUAACACUAGUCAACGGCAUGCGCAUCCUUCAGCCCAAGGUACUGCAUAGUGGUUAUCGCAUCAUAUUCGGCUCUGGAUUGCAUCAUUUGUUCCGCUUCAACAAUCCCGAUGAAGUACGACGAGAGCGGGAACACAUGCAACAAUUUGGCAUGUCGCCUAAAAUCAACACGGGCAUCUUCCCCAUGAUGGAGAGGGGCGAUAGUGCUCUGGGUCACACACUGUCUCCAGCCAGCACCACCACCGCCAUGACAGACCUGACAGCAGCCAGCGCAAGCCAUCAUCAUCCGCCCGCCGACAUUGUAGACUGGAAUUUUGCCCACAGUGAAGCGCUUCGCAAGUUUGGUGGCCCACGAAGUGCGGAUUUAACCAUCAUGACUGACGAGGAUCUCAAACAGUUAUCUGACGGUAUUACCAAAGUGCGCGAAUUUCGAAACAGGAAAAGAAUAUCAUCCGAUAGUCAUAACUUGCUGUUUGAGGAUCCAGAUUCUAUCAUCACAACCACAACUGUUUCACCUCGCACUUCAAUCAGCUCGUCCAGCAACAAGCGGUUUAGUGCCAUUUCAUCAGUGCCUACUAUUUUCACCGAGGAAGAGAGCCAUGCUGACAACCCUGAUCCAGACGACGAACCUCACACUGCCGCCAAAGAGCUUUUGUCCAGUAUCAUGUCCAAGGAAGAAAAGGACCAUCUGAUUCGCAUCGCCACAGAAGAAAUGCAACAGCAGCUGGAACUUCAAAAGCAGGAAUAUGAGGAGAAGCUUAAGCUGGUGGAAUCCUCCAACAUGAAGGCAGAUGAACUCAACCGCGAACGAGAUGAACUAGCCGCCAAAUACGCCCAAGUCAAACAAGAUAUGGAAAAGGUGCUUGAACAACAGAAGCUGGCCUACGAAUCCAAGAUUAAGCGUAUUUCUGCUCACUUGCCCCCUGGAACAGCACUCAGUUCGGACAAUCUACUGGUAGGAUAUACUGCCAAGAAUGCAGCUGAGAGCUUGAUGCGGAUGACGAUUGAAAAGUGGCGUCAAUUGCGCUAUGUAAAGAUGGCUGAAGAUUGUCUUAUUCAUGCAGUGGUGCUCAAGGAAGCCAAUAUCAUGGCCAAGGAACUAGGCAAAAAUGUCGUCUAUCAAUUUAUUGUGGUCCAUGAUGACAUUUCGUCUAAUCCUCUGUCAUUUUGGGAAUCUACCUCUGCGUUACAGCCAUUCCUGCGAGAGCCUGACACACAUUUGAUUAAAGAGGCCAAACCCUGUUUAGCUGUGCAAGUGAUUGAUCAUGUCCACCGUGCUACUUAUAUAUGGUCUAUUGCCAAGGUGAAGCAUCGAUUAAGACGCAUGCGUCGAUUGUACGACUAUACAGACAGACCUCUGUUUACAGGCCAACACUUUAAUAGAGAAGAUCCCUUUUAUGAAACGCCAUGUCCCCGCUUUUCCUUGAUAGGAUUAGCACGUAUACCCUUGAGGAACCUGACGCUGCAGCUGCAUGCUGAUAACUAUGUCGAUAUUUACUGCAGAAAUACCGGCAAAAUCAUGGGUCAAAUCCGCGUGUUAAUCACACCCAUUGCCCGAUCUGUCUCCAGAAAGCACCAGCAUCAAACCAACGGCGGUGAGGGUCCAGCACAGCGACCCAGUCUCUUUUACCACAAAAGAUCCUCCUCCAGCAACGUGCUACAGGAUCAAAAGCAAGUAUUGGGCGAAAAGUACCUACUCCAUAUUGGGCAGCAGCAGGUUUUUGAGAUACGCAUCCAGGAGUUGAAGGGUGUCAGUGAAAGCAACUUUACACAAGUCCACGCCCAGUUCAGACUUUCUUCCUUUGGCAACGUGGAGCGCUACUCUACGGCUGACAAGAUCUACCAAACAGACCCCAUUAGCAACUUUGGAACUGAGACUGUGCAAUUCAAUCAGUGCCAGACACUCUCUGUCAAUAUCACUGAGAACAUGAUGGAUGUCAUUCUGAACCAAGGGCUUACCAUUGAAGUCUACGGCCAAGCGCAAGAGAACUAUCUCUUUGGAUUAGUAGAACAUGUAAGUAAUGCUAGCGGCGUGAAUAGUCGAAACGGGUCGCCCACCACACCAACAUCUGAACAAUCUGAAUUAUUUGCAAAGGCGGUGACAUCAGAACUCGGCAAUAGCGGUAAUGUGCCUGCCAGCAGACGAUUCUCUAUCGACAGACGAUUCUCGGUGGAACAAAGCACCUACGACGGCAUUCUGAUGGAGGAGAAACACGAUGUGCUGGUUUGGAUCCAGAUUUGCGAGCUGAAUGACGAUGGUGAAUAUGCACCUGUCAAAGUGUUGCACACUGAAGUCAACGAUCACCAACAUCACAACCAUCAUGUCAAACACCACCAAGAUGUGUUCUGUCUCCGCCAAGGUUUACAGAGACGCAUUGCUCUUACACUUUCGCAUGAUUCUGGAAAGCAGUUUGAAUGGCUGAGCAUCAAGCAGGCAAAGAUAGGCAACGUGCGCUUGGUCGAUAACAAGGGACGUCAGACAGAUUCACCACCCCAUCCCCCAGUCGAGAUUCACUUGUUCCCGGAUCAACAAGAAACGACGUUUGAGAGAAACGGCAAAUCCCGCAUGACAGCGCAAGGACCAUGGGACAGUUCACUUCACGACUCGCUCUUUUUGAACCGAGUUACAGCUUCUGGCCAGCGCGUGCGAUUGAGGCUCUCGUGGCAGAUUGAGUGCGAUAAAUGCGUGGCACCGCUCAACUUUGAGAUGGACAUUUCAGUGCAGAUUCAAGCAAGAGAUGCCACCAUCAGCACAUCAGCCUCAUCUUCCUCCAUGUUUCGACAGUUUUUACUAGGCGGUGGAGACUCGGAUGCCAAUGGGCGUGUCAGCAAGAUUAUGUACAAGACAAGCGGCCUCUUCAUUGUGCAGCUUAAACCACCCAUGACUCGACAGGUGCGAGAACUAUGGCGCCUGAAUACCGCCAACAAGUAUGUGCGUGGGGAAGAAUUCAUCGGCUCUUGGAAGCCACGUGGUGUAUCUCUUAUUACUGAUUAUCGAGCUGCUCGACAGCGCAUGCUGCAUCAAGAAAGUGUAGCUGCAUUUAGACAUUCCUUGGUGUUAGCAGGACAUCCGCAAACCAAGGCUUUUCAACGCAGCCAAUCUGACCAUGCACUGACACUUCAAUGUCUUACCAACAGCCAUAUGACAGACACAGCAAGCACAUCUGAAAGCAUUAGCAAUGACAAGCAAAAGACAGAACCUGAAGCAUUGACCAGGAAGGUGAUUGAAUUGUGGCAAACUCAAUUUGGAACACGAGAAGAGAUUGUAUUUAGUCAAGAUCCACCAAAAAUUACCUCAUUGACAAGUUCAUCUAGCACGAAUAGUAUCAGCAGUGUCAAAUCUUUGAGCAAAAAGUACUCGAAAAUUAAAUUAACACCUGAUAUUCAGCAAUUGCAUCCAAGUGACACAAUCACCAAGAAAGGCUUUCUGUUACACCCAGAAAACGUGGAUGAUGUAUGGUUGAAGCACUGGUUUGUCCUUCGACGACCAUUUAUAAUUAUCUAUCAAGAUCAAACUGAAGUAGAAGAAAUUGGCGUAUUCAACCUUUCAUCUGCUCGAGUUGAUUACAAAUCUGAUUUGGAAGACAUGCUGCAGAGGAAAUACACAUUUGCCAUUUACACACACAACAAUGCUUAUUUGCUUCAAGCAAAUGAUUUCGAAGACAUGAAAGAAUGGAUAUCGAAAAUCGAUCAAUUUUAUCCUGUAAAGAAACUCGAAAACUUGUCUUAA